CUCUCUCUCUCUCUCUUUCUCUCCUUCCUGCGUGGAACAUGAAUAAGCUAUACAUCGGUAACGUGAGCGCAGAGGCGAGCGAGGAGGACUUGGAAAGUGUCUUCAAGCAGUGGAAGAUUCCGCACAGUGGUCCGUUUCUGGUCAAAACUGGCUAUGCGUUCGUGGAUUGCCCCGACGAGAAGACCGCGAUGAGGGCCAUCGAUGUGCUUUCAGGUAAAGUUGAACUUCACGGGAAAGUUCUGGAAGUGGAGCAUUCUGUACCCAAGCGUCAAAGAAGCUGUAAGCUGCAGAUCAGGAACAUCCCGCCUCACAUGCAGUGGGAGGUUUUGGACGGUAUACUAGCUCAGUAUGGUGCAGUAGAGGGCUGUGAACAAGUAAACACUGAGACAGAAACGGCAGUAGUCAAUGUUCGAUAUGCAACAAAGGAYCAAGCGAGGCUAGCGAUGGAGAAGCUGAAUGGAUAUAUGAUGGAGAACUAUGCCUUGAAAGUAUCGUACAUCCCGGACGAGACGGCUACACCGGAAGGUUCCACGACAGGAGGCAGGAGAAACUUUAAUUCUCGCGGACCUCCCCGUUCGGGUUCUCCUGGCCUGGGUGCACGGCCCAAAGUGCAGUCCGACAUCCCUCUGCGCAUGCUGGUCCCCACGCAGUUCGUAGGGGCCAUCAUUGGCAAGGAGGGGGCCACUAUCCGCAACAUCACCAAACAGACCCACUCAAAAAUUGACAUCCAUAGAAAAGAGAAUGCAGGUGCAGCAGAAAAACCCAUCACAAUUCACUCCACCCCUGAAGGCUGUUCGAACGCUUGCAGAACCAUCAUGGAGAUCAUGCAGAAGGAAGCUGUCGACACAAAAUUCACGGAGGAGAUCCCAUUGAAGAUUCUUGCACACAACAACUUUGUAGGAAGGUUAAUAGGAAAAGAAGGACGCAACCUGAAGAAAAUUGAGCAGGACACAGGGACCAAGAUUACAAUCUCACCUCUUCAGGAUCUGACUCUGUACAACCCGGAGCGGACCAUCACGUUAAAGGGCUCCAUCGAGGCGUGCUCAAAUGCCGAGCAGGAAGUGAUGAAGAAAAUCAGGGAGUCGUACGAGAGCGACAUGGCUGCUAUGAAUCUCCAGUCUAACCUCAUUCCAGGCUUGAAUCUCAAUGCUCUGGGUUUGUUCCCCAGUGGAGCACCAGGCAUGGGUCCUUCCAUGUCAAACGUCCCACCUCCUGGAGCCCUCGGUGGAUGUUCCUUUGGUUGCAGUCCUUAUGGGGGCGAGGGGCCACUUUGGGCUUCUAUGCUGUCGGCGAGCAGCCAGCCCCUUGCCCAGGGACARCUGGAGUCGGAGACGGUCCACCUGUUCAUCCCUGCACUUGCAGUGGGAGCCAUCAUUGGAAAACAGGGUCAACACAUCAAACAGCUCUCACACUUUGCCGGAGCCUCAAUCAAGAUUGCUCCUGCGGAAGGAAUGGAUGCUAAGCAGAGGAUGGUCAUCAUUGUUGGACCACCAGAGGCUCAGUUUAAGGCUCAGUGUCGAAUCUUCAGCAAGCUAAAAGAAGAGAAUUUCUUUGGACCUAAGGAAGAGGUGAAGCUGGAAGCUCACAUUAAAGUUCCCUCAUUUGCUGCUGGCCGCGUCAUCGGAAAGGGCGGGAAAACGGUAAACGAGCUGCAGAACUUGACCUGCGCAGAAGUGGUGGUGCCGAGGGACCAGACGCCUGACGAGAACGACCAGGUCAUCGUGAAGAUCAGCGGACACUUCUUUGCUUGCCAGUUGGCCCAGCGAAAGAUUCAAGAAAUCCUGGCUCAGGUGAGGAGACAACAGCAGCCGAAACCAGCAGCGGGACCCCAAGCUCCGACGCCCCGCAGGAAGUAAAGAUCCAGCCGAUUCUGGAGGAAUGACGACAGACUCCUGUCACGAGACUCGACAGGUGGGACGGAUGCAGCAGAGUCCGAAGGGGAAGGAAACGACAGCGGAUCCUAACGCUCAUCUCAGGGGUCAGGUUAAUGAAACCAAACAUCCACCCCUCCCUGAAUUACUUGAUGGACUUUAAAGCGUGGCAGAAAUAAAAAGACCUUAAUGCCCGUAAAGUUCCCCCCACGUCACCUCUCUGCAUCUUCUGUGAAAUGUACUUCUGAGGGCUGCCAACAUCAACCUGCCCUCACAUGCACGCACCCCUUGACCGCUCUCCUCCCUCAUGGGUGCGUGGUUGGGUUGUGUUAAUUUUAUUUCUCUUAAUUUAGUUACUUUUUACUCAAACACAAAGAAGAAAAAAAAAGGAUCCCCCCUCCUAUCACCCACUAUGGUGUGGUAUCUUAAACAUAACGAUGUUUUGGUUAACUUCAGAUUUAAUUAUUUUUUAUUUUUUUUCGUAAUUGGUUGAAGCUUUUUGUUGGACACUUUUUGUUGUUGGGGGGAGAGGCAUUGCUAGGUCCUAGUUGGACAAAAAGAGGUUUAUUUUGGGGGAGGGUUGGCUCUGGCUGGGUGGGCCAUGUUUAGGGGCAGAUUCUUGUUUUAGGACAGGACCCCUGAGAGGGUGGAUUAUAUCGGGCAUCCUGCCCUUCUAAUGAUAGUGGCAUUUUUAAAAAUAAAUUCGGAUGCAUUUUAUAGAUAGACCUAUAUAAAUAGAUCAAUAUAUAAAUAUAAAUAUAUAUAUUUAGAGAAGGCAGCACUACGACUGACACUUUGGGAAAUUGUGCUGAACUGCUGCUGCCCAGAAAAAAAAAAUCRAUUUAAUAUGCAUUUUGUUUAACUACCUCAGGAUUUAGUACCUCAAAAGAAAAAAAUGAUUAUAUAUGGGAAAACAAAGUUCCUUUCUUUUUAUUUUGUUUUUUUUUUCUUUUGAUAUUUUGUAUACUUUAUAAAGCUGAUAGUCUUUGAACAUUUUUAUUUUUUUAAGAAAAAAUUAAAAAUUUGGUCAGCUGCCAACUGACCUUGCCUUCAACUCUGGUGCUUUAAGUGGCAGUGUACAUGCGUAUGUGUGACUUCAGAUGACCCUGUACAUAAAGUAUUUGUACAUAGCAGCCCUGGAGCAAGAGUUGGCGCCCCCUCAGCUGGCGGCUGACAGGAGAAUAUAGAGAAAAAUUGCCUCCKUUCUUUUCCCCCUGAGGGUCCACCAUUUUUAUUUAUAAAAAAACAUGGAACAGAACUGCUUCAUGCCAAUAAUGUCAACCAAACAUAUUUACAGCAAUGCCAUUUAGUUWCGCCAUUGAAAUCAUUAUUGGUACUUUUUUUAUUUUAUUUUAUUUUUUAAUUUUGUCUGAAGUUUUUCCUGCGAGGGCUGCUGCAGUAAUGGGUCCUCCCCGUAGCCGUCAGAGCAUCUUUGUUUCCCUUUUGGUCUGUUGUGGUCACUUGCCCACCAUCUUGAUGCCAUCUCGGCCAAACCAAACUUUYUUUUUUUUCCUGUUUUGAAGCCAGUGACCCGACCAUCAAGAGUCACUCCAUGGUGAGGGUAGGGGGAGUCAUAUUGAUAUGCAUUUUUCUUUUUUGCGCUUUAGGAACAUAAUUUGACCUUUGCUGUCUCUUUAUACAAAAUGUAUUUGAUUUUCGUUGCUCCUAUAGGGAAAUGUUAAAAAAAACACACAAUUGUGAAUGAAAUCCUGACUUAAGCAAAGAGAUGAAUCCAAAACUAGAAGAAGAAAAAAAAUUGAUUUCAUUUGUUUUCAUGCCGAAUGUAAAUAUAUUGAUUGUGGUAAAAGUGCUUGAGUGUAUCCAUGCUUCCACAGUAGAACGCAGUCUACCUCAGCUGAGGGGGCCGGGGGGGUGGUAGUGACUCUAAUCGCCUCGCCCCGCCCCCACUGAGUGCCAGCGCGCACCAAUACCUCAGUCCCCUGUUCACUUCUUUCUAACCUGGGCGCGCCACCAUGCUUAACUGAGGGGCACAAGUGAUACUUAAAGUGAUUACUCCUAAUUUCCUGCAUAUUUCCUUCCAACCCACCCUCCUCUUCCUCUCCUCCAGUUUGUUUUUGAUCUACCUCUUUAGACACGUAUUUGAAUUAGAGGCAUUCUUCYAUUUGUUAGUUUACUCCCCCACAUUUAUACACCCCCACAACCCCCAGAUAUAUGAAACUUUAAAAUCAUGGACUCUUUAGAAAUGAGAAUUACUGAAUGAGAUAGAAAUUUUUCAUUUGCCAGUGUUUAUCUGCAUAUAUAAAUAUACUCUUUACGGCUUUUCUGAAAUCCUCAAUGAUUUUAUUUCAUUUUUUUUUUCCUGCUUUUCUAUUUUUGGUGGUGUGGCUUACGUGUAUUUGAACUUUUUUGCCUUUUUUUUUCCUGUGAGAAAAACACAAUUGUUUUUCAUUUUGCUUUCAAUAGUUAAGACAACUUUCUUUUCCAAGAAAAAAAAAAAGAAAAAGGGCCCGACCUUUUCUAAUUUGUAAGUCUUCAAAAUAAAAGUCCUGUCUUUUCAUUUCCCCUUUUUCAUCUCUAAGAUGCUACACUCACUGAUUUUGUUAGAUUUCAUCUGUUAGCAUUUCUUGGCUGUGUAAAGUGGAACCUGCUAUUUUUUUUAAAGUGUGACACAAACUUGAGGGACUGAAUUUCUGUUUAUGGUAAAGAGAUUGUACUCCAGCAUGAUAAUCCCUCUGAACCCCUCUGUUUCUGGAACCAUGCUUGUGCCCCUUUACCCCAAACCCCCCCUUUAACACACACAGCUCCACUUGUCAAAUGCCUCUGAAUAAAAUGGAGAAAAACAAA